AUGUUAANAUUAAACAAAAAAAUUAAUAAGCAAUUCGAUGAUUCAAUUGACAACACUGAAGAAAACAUACCAAGAUCACCUGAUUAUAGCGUGGUUUCAGAAAUAGAUUAGAAAUACUUUUUAGAGCUGAUACAAAAUUAAAAAAAUACUAAAAGAGCAUACUAAACUGAUUGCGAAUCAACACCCGUGAUAUCAUUAAGAGGGUAAAUUUCAUGAAAGACUUUUUAGAUUCAGGAGAAAUUAGUAAUUGAUAGGAGAAGAAGAUAAAAAAGGAGAAGAUAGAUUGUUUUAUAUUCUGAAAUAACGUGUCAUCGAAUAAGAGGAGAAGGAAAAUGAAAUUGAUGAAGACGAUUAUUGA